AUGGAAGGUUUGGAUUUUAAUAGGAUUGAUGGUGAGGAUGCAGCUUGUCUGGAAGGGGUUUUUACAGAGGCAGAGGUCUUCUUCGCCCUCUCAGAUCUGAACGGAGACAAGGCUCCUGGUCCAGACGGCUUUUCUCUCAGCUUUUGGCAGUUCAGCUGGGAUUUUGUGAAAGAUGAGGUUAUGGGCUUUAUGAAGGAGUUCCAUGAGCAUGAUAGAUUUGUGAGGAGCCUGAAUUCAAUUUUUCCUGUGCUAGCAAACAGGAUCAAGAAGGUGGUGGGAAAGGUGGUGUCUUCAGCUCAAAACGCCUUUGUUGAAGGAAGACAAAUUCUGGAUGCUGCCCUAAUUGCCAAUGAGGCAAUAGACUCGUUGCUGAAGAGAAAUGAGAGUGGGGUGUUGUGUAAGCUAGAUAUAGAGAAGGUGUACGAUCACUUGAAUUGGAAUUUUCUACUAUUGGUAUUGCAAAGAAUGGGGUUUGGGGAGAAGUGGACUGGUUGGAUCUCCUGGUGUAUCUCCACAGCGACGUUUUCAGUCUUGAUCAAUGGCACUCCAACCGGUUUUUUCAAUAGUUCAAGGGGUUUGCGUCAGGGGGAUCCUCUCUCUCCCUACCUAUUUAUUAUCGGGAUGGAGGCUUUUAGUAGGCUCAUCCUUAGAGCAGUGAGGGGGGGGUUUUCUUUCGGGCUGUUGGAUAAAAGGAAGAAGUGGAGACGGGGCUGUGGUAACUCAUUUGCUGUUCGCCGAUGA